GCAGACGCCGCCGCCACUCUACCAGCACCCGUCGUCGCAACAUGACACGCCUGUGUCUACACGUGUUGAGCAUCCUCCUAGUGGAGGUUCUGUCGGAGCCAAUACCAGGCCGGAUACCCAAGGUGUACAAUGCUCUGAUCACCUCCAAUCAAAACCUGGAACCCAGUAAAGCAUAUCCAGUGUACCAGCCAGUACUCCACGAUCCCUUCAGCUACCCCUACCAACCAGCUAUCUUCUACGGUGGAGACUUCCCGUUGAGUAAUGGUCUUGUGCCGGUGCCCUUGCCCGUAUCCAAAGAUGCGAAACCGACGCCUCCUCCACCCGCGGCGAAUGGGGACACUCCUGCUGAAACCAAGGCUCCGGAGUCACUCCCCACUGAAGCACCUGCCAGCCCUGCGUCCAGUGGAGACGAGGCAGACAAAAAACCUACCCCUGCCCCUCCUUUGCCACCAAAUACACAAUCUCCAAUUCCCCUAAACCAAUUCGGUCUACCAUCACAAGUCUUGCCGCUUGGUCGUUUCGAUCCCGCCUUCGACGGGUUUACACAUAUCGGCCCGUUUACAUACUCCUACCCUGGACUUAGGUUCUACGAUCCUUACGAUCCUUUCAGUUUGAGCCCGUAUGCUAAUCUCCCGCCCUUGUACCGUCCUUUGACAAAUGUUCUGAAUCAUAGUGCACCUGGACCCAUAGCUCCUCCGAAGGCCGCAGUUCCAGUACCAUCACCAGCACCUGCGGAUGGUGAUGGAGCCACACCGCCACCAGAACCUACUGACCUGAAUGUCCUCAACUACUCCUCUAAAGACCCUGCCAUACCCAACGUCCCACCACCUCCCCUGCCAUCCGGAGGACUCGCGUCUGACAAAUCGGAAUAGUUCUUAUAAUUAUUUUUAAAUAUUUGAAUAUUGGAAUCCAUAAAGCAGCCAAUAAUUAAGACAUUAGACACUGACAAGCGAAUAUCUUGCGUCUAAUCUACGAAGUUGAUUCCCCGUUCAGUAUGAAUAUUCUUAAGUGAGUAUUCCAAUAUUCAAAUUCAAUUAAUUACUUAUAAGAUUUACCUAGUAAUAAUGCGAGUAGUGCACAUAAAAUAUUAUCUGUACAUACCUAAAUAAGAAAUUUUGAUAAUAAAAAAUCGGAACUUAA